AUGGAGACUACUCGUUUAUUCAUUCAAGCACCUGUAGAAACUGGAUGCCUUGUUUUUAAUAUGACAGAUUUUAGUUUAUCAAAUAUGGAUUUCCAGUAUGUUAAAUUUAUGAUUCAAUGUUUCGAAGCGUAUUAUCCUGAAAGUUUAGGCAUUUUGAUCAUUCAUAAAGCACCAUGGGUAUUCGGACAAGUUUGGAAGUUAAUUGCUCCUCUUUUAGAUCCAGUUGUUGCCUCUAAAAUUCGUUUUACAAAAGAGGAUAAAGAUAUUUUGGCCUUUAUAUCUGAAUCGCAUUUAAUCGAAGAAUUGGAUAACGAAAGAAUAAAGAAAGAAAGAGAUCAAAAGAAAAUUCAUUUGAGGCAGGCACAAUUAGAAUUAGAUCCUUAUAUUAGAGCAAGAACUUUGUAUCAUCGUACUGGUAUUCUUAAAGAGGAUGGAGCUUGUGAUUGGGGAUAUUCAGAAAAAAUUUAA